GUGAGGGCGCAGUACAGCACGGAGCAGACUGGAGCAUGGCGCAGAGGAGGCCAGGCGUAACCAAAAACCUGCCAAACUUCAACUUUACCGUGAUUUUAGCCUCAUCCGUGCGUAAUUGCGCGUAGAACACACCACUAUCGAGAAGAACCGCGUCCGAUUUUGGACUAACCCCCUGACCUGAGCGACACACAGAUGGAGAAGCCGGUGUUGCAGACGCAGCCCUCCACGCUGCCGUUCUUUGACACAGCUCACGCCUUUAACCUCCUGAGGGGGAUCCAUGAGCUGCGCGCUGAGAGGAAGUUCUUUGAUGUGACUCUUUGUGCUGAGGGCCGUGAGUUCCACUGUCACCGCACGGUUCUGGCGGCUGCGAGUAUGUACUUCAGAGCCAUGUUUGCUGGGACACUGAAGGAGAGUGCGAUGGACCGGGUGGUGCUACACGAGGUGUCCGCAGAGCUGCUGGAGCUGCUGGUGGACUUCUGUUACACAGGGAGAGUCACAGUGACUCAGGAGAACGUGGACCUUUUGUUGAAGACUGCAGACCUGUUUCAGUUUCCCUCUGUGAAAGAGGCCUGCUGCGCUUUUCUGGAGCAGAGGCUGGACGUGUCCAACUGUCUGGAGAUACAGGACUUUGCAGAGGCCUACGCCUGCAGAGAGCUAGCUGCUAGCGCGCGUAAGUUUGUGCUGAAGAACAUCAUGGAGCUGGCCAAAGGCACAGACUUCGAGCGGUUACCGUGGAAGCGUUUGCUAGAGUUUGUGACAGACGAUGAACUGUGUGUGGACAAAGAGGAGACGGUUUAUCAGAUCGCGGCGCGCUGGGUGAAGGCUGAUCUACAGAGGAGGCUGCACUAUUGGCCUGAGCUGCUGCAGCAGGUGCGCCUGCCCUUCGUGCGCAGGUUCUUCCUCUUGGCUCAUGUGGAGAGCGACCCUCUGGUUUACCUGUCCCCCACCUGUCUGCGCCUGGUGAAUGAGGCGCGCAGCUUCCAGAGCUAUGAGUAUGACCGACAUGAUCGCCCGUGUCAGCGUAUGAGGCCGCGGCCCUCCACCGGGCUGGCCGAGAUCCUGGUGGUGAUCGGGGGCUGUGAUCAGGACUGUGAUGAGCUGGUGACGGUCGACUGUUAUAACCCUCAGACCGGACAGUGGAGGUACCUCGCUGAGUUCCCUGAUCACCUGGGAGGAGGCUACAGCAUCAGUGCUCUGGGCAAUGACAUCUAUGUCACAGGAGGCUCUGAUGGUUCACGGCUGUACGAUGGCGUGUGGCGAUACAAGUCCAGCGUAAACGAAUGGACCGAAGUCUCUCCGAUGCUGAAGCCGCGCGAGUACCACAGCUCCUGCGUUUUAAAGAGCCAGCUCUAUGUGGUUGCCUCUGACAGCACCGAGCGAUACGACCACGCCCUAGACUGCUGGGAGGCCUUACCCCCAAUGCUGCACCCCAUGGACAACUGCUCCACCACCACCUGUAGGGGGCGCCUGUAUGCCAUAGGCUGCCUGGCUGGAGAGGACACUAUGUCGGUCCAGAGUUACGACCCAGAGACAAAUCGCUGGACUUUGGUGAACUGCGGUCAGCUGCCACCCUGGUCCUUCACCCCCAAAACAGUCACUCUGAACGGGCUCAUCUACUUUGUCAGGGAUGAUUCAGCGGAGGUGGAUGUGUACAACCCUCAAAAGAACCAAUGGGACAAGAUUAGCCCAAUGACACAGGUCCAUGUUGGAGGCAGUGUGGCGGUUUUGGGCGGUAAACUCUAUGUCUCUGGAGGUUAUGACAACACAUUUGAGCUUUCCGAUGUGGUGGAAGCGUACGAUCCCGGGACACGGUCCUGGACUGUGGCCGGAAGACUACCUCAGCGCACUUUUUGGCACGGCAGCGUUAGCAUAUUUAGACAGUUUAUGCCCCAAGUUUCGAUCGCUUUUGAGCCUUUGGAAGCCCCCGAUUCUAAUGCGAUUCAACUGCACCGUCACCAACGGCAACAAGUGCUCCAAAACAAUUUGAACAAUCUUAAUCAGAACCAGGAUGUAGAUGCUGCACACUGAUGUGAGCAAGAAACACAGGGACACUUUGCAUACACUGCCCUUAACAUAAAGCCUAUUGGUGCCCUUGAGACAUGUUGGCAAAUGAGGUUGGAAAAAUUGACUUUAUUCUUAUUUUUUAUCUUUUGCACCAAGAAAAUGUUUUGGUUUUUUUGGUUUUUUUGUAAAUUAUGGUGCUUGGUAAAUUUUUUAUAUUGCAGCCAGGUGUUUCCAGCAUUUGGGAAAUAUCUAUGAAUUGUAAAUGAUAAGUGGUAAUAUCAUUUGCACUGGUGGUUCCAGUAGCUUCAAAUUUCAGUGCUCCUGGUUUGGUCCUAGUUUGAUCUUGGUUUGGUCUUGGCUCAGCCCUAGUUCUGCCCUGGUUUAGUCCUGGUUUGGGCCUGGUUUAGUCUUUAAAUUUUGAAGAGAUUUCGUAGAUAUUGGAACCACCAAUGCAGUGAUUCUGGUUUGGUCCUGGUUUAAUCCUGGUUUGGUCUUGGUUUUGCCCUGGUUUAGUCCUGGUUUGGGCCUGGUUUAGUGUUUGGAUUGGUGGUUCCAGUAGGUAUGAAAAUCUCUUCAAAUGUCAAUAAUCCUGGUUUGUUCUUGGUUUGGUCCUGGUUAGGUCCUGGUUUAGCCCUAGUUUACUUCUGGCUUGAUCCUGAUUUGAUCCUGGUUUGAUCCCAGUUUAGUCCAUGAAUCGCUGCUGGAGAACUGCUCAAAUUAGCUCAUGUUGGGUCUUGGGGUCAGAAUGUCUCCAAAAACACCAAGUUAUCAUAGAGUUUAUCAUGGGGACAGUGCUUGUGGAGCGAGCUGUGUUUGUGUAGUACAGUUUACUGUGAAACUGAUCAUGAUGCUGAAGCUGUAAUCCUCAAAAGAAAAAGCACUUUUCAACAAUAAGCAGGUCUAUUUGAUUCAUCCAGUUUACUCUAACAUAUAAUGGACAUGGCCCCUUCUAUAAAGCAACCAGUGAAUAAGGAAUUUUGACGUUAAAUAAUGACAAAUCUAAUGAACAACUGAUACAAGACCAUAUGAGACACAAAAAACAAACAGAUAUGGCUUAAAGCUGCAUUACAUAAUUUUGUGCAUUUUUAAAGAUACAAAAUAAUUCCCAAACUAACAAACAAACUGGUAUUUUUUAUGUUACCAGGCACAGGUAGUCAAUAGAUUUAUAUCAGUAUCUUAAAAAUAUGAUCAAAUCUGGCCAUAGCACUAUUAUAACAUGCAUCUUAUGGUGUUUACAGUCACAAAGAUCUCUGAUAUAAAUUGGACUGUUCUGUUUACAUUCCACAUGUGUAAAAUGAAGCCCUCACAGACAGCUGUCCUGACUCAGCCUCGCAGAUGUUCACCAGGUGGGCCCACUCAUCACCGUGCGAUUAUUUCAAAAUGGCUCCAUGCAAUUUCAGUUCAUUACCUGAUGUUAUUCUCCCUGUUGGCAAAAUUAGCCUGAACUGACACCGAUGGCUGUGUUCACACUAAGGUUAUAAAAAGAAAAGAAAAAAAUCAAUACCUGGAUACUAACUGAUAUUAAAACUACUAGCAGUGAAAGUGUGAUACUAAUAAGAUACUGCAAAAACGGGACAAAAGCGCAUAUUAAAAAACAUUAUUAUUAUUAUUAUUAAAAACUACAUUACUAAAUUGUCUUUUUAAAUGAUCAUGUUGGUACCAAAAUUUGCUUUGAAUAUCAAGCCUUUUCCUUAACAUCAAAAGCGACUUGUUCAGGUUGAGUCUUGGUCUGAUCUCUGUUUAGCUCAAGUAUAGGCUUGAUUUGGUUCUAGUCCUGGUCUAGUCCUGGUCUAGUCCUGGUUUGGACCAGGUUUAGUCUUUGCCUUGGUGGUUCCAGUAGCUAAAAAAAUCUCUUUCAAUGUUCCCGGUAGUCCUGGUUUAGCUCUGGUCUAGUCCUGGCCUAGCUCUGGUUUAGUCCUGGCCUAGUCCUGGUCUAGUUCUGGCCUAAUCGUGGCCUAGUCCUGGCUUAGUCCUGGCUUAGUCCUGGCUUAGUCCUGGCCUAGUCCUGGUCUAGUCCUGGUCUUGUCCUGGUCUAGUCCUAGUUUUGAUGGUAUGAACACAGCCUGUUUCACGUCCCAUUAUCUUAUCCACUAUAACCACAGUAUGUGCAUGAAGUAUUUUUAUAGAUUUUGUAUUGAACCUUAAAUGUGUUUAUUUAUAGAUUUAUUUUGCUGUGUUGUCUAAUGGCGUUUUGUUGGUGAAGUGAAUAUUCUUUUAUUGCAUCCAAACUGGAAUUGCUCAGACUGUGUUUUUAUGUUACAUUUACUUCUUGAAAUGGUAUUUUUUGAUUUUGUGGUUUUAAAAGCAGCUUUAGUUUAGGUUGGUGAAUACACUAAAGACUUGUGUAGCGUUUACAUGGGAGAUGAGAAUGAGAAGUCGUUUGCAGGUUUCAUGUGCUACUGUUGUGAUCAGCAGCUAAUAAGCAAUACAUGGAGUGACCCAUUUUGUAAUGGAAAUAUUAUAUUGUUGCAUUUACAAAUAAAUUUAUGUUUUGUAAAACUUAUAA